AUGGUGGGGUCCGGCGAGGCUUUGGCGCUCCACAUCCUGCUCUGCUGCCUGUGUGGAGGUGUUGCAAACAUCAGAUGCUCAGGGCAUGUCUGGAUCGAGCCCACGCCGGUGGUGCAGAUGGGCUCCAACAUCUCCAUCAACUGCCUCUCCACCCUCGGCUGCUCCUGGGCCAAGUUCUUCAUCCUCCUCAACUACAGCCUUGCUGAGGGUCCCCUGCACCCCCUCAACAGCAGCGCCGUCCAGCUCCGGCUGCGUGAUUUCCAGAUGCCUUUCGGGACCGUCACCUGCUUAGCCCGCUGCCCCAACAGCGAACAGCACCAGCUGGUGUGCGGCACCGACAUCCUGGCCGGCUACCCUCCGGACCCCCCCAAAAACCUGACCUGCACCAUCCGCGAGCAUUCAGGGUGCCUGGUGUGCAUGUGGGACGCGGGGCGGCCGACCCACCUGAGCACCCAUUACACCCUCCACCUGCGCAGCGUGGGGACGGUGGCAGCGGAGGAUGCUGAGGAGGAGGAUGUCUUCCCUGCGGGCUUGCCGGUGCCGCUGAGUGCGCUGCACAGCGGGAGCCACUACUUGGCGUGGGUGCAGGCCAGCAAUGCGCUGGGCAUUGCUCGCUCAGCCCCACGGCGCCUCAACCUGCAGGAGCUCGUGGUGCCCGCUCUGCCCCUAGUUGCUGGUGCCGAGACAACGGAGACAUCGCCUCCCACCACCACCAUCCGCUGGAGGAGGCAGACACUGCUGGAAAAUGUGCACUGUGAGGAGCGACACAAAGCCACGGGUGCCCCGGCAUGGCAUGUGGAGGCGUGGGAUGGUGCAGCGCAGCACGGGCCCCGCUUGCAGCACGACCUGCAGAGUAACACCCAGUACGUGUUUCAGGUCAGGUGCCGGCUCAGCCCCGUCGACAGCCCCUGGAGCGCCUGGAGCACCCCCUUUCUCUACACCACCCCAGAGGCAGCCCCCGCCGUAGCGCCCGACGUCUGGCGGCGCCUGGGCCCCGUGAGCCCAAACGGCAGCCACGAGGUGACGGUCUUGAUCAAGCCCCUGCCGCCCCAGGAUGCCCGCGGGAGGAUCCUGGGCUACACCGUGGCUGCCGAGAGCCCCGGGGGAGGGGUCCUCCUCUGCAACACUUCCAGCACCCCAAAAAAACCCCCCGGCGCCCCCCCCCUCCACAUCACCGCUCACAACUCCAGGGGGUCUUCCAGCCCUGCCAGCAUCACCCUCAGCCAGAGCGCCGGCAACCAGGAAGAGUUCCCGGCACCGGUGGCCAUGGAGGUCAAGCCCGAGAACCAGAGCAGGGUCUCAGUGGCCUGGCAGCCCCCCCACCGCAGCGGGAGGUCCCCACUCUGGUUCAUAGUGGAAUGGGUUUCCACCACCCACUAUAGCCAGGAGGAGCAGUAUUUUUGGAAGAAAGUCCCAUACCACGAAACACACACGUACAUCCAAGAGGAGGCAGCAGCAGGAGGUCGCAUCAAUGUGUCAGUGUACGCAGUCUACCCCAACGGAAUCAGCAAACAAAGCUCCGGCCAAGUGCCUGCAGAGGACCAGCUCCUGGGCAGCACCUACAGCGAGAUCUCCCAUGACGAUGACAUUGAAGUUUUCCUGGGACUGGGCGUCAGCAUGGUCAUAUUAUCGGUUGUUUUUAUAAUUCUGAUGUUUAAAAAAUCAGCCAGAAAAAGAAUUAAUGCCACCAUUGUGUCGCUCUUGCCAAAAUGGCUGUUUGAAGACUUUCCCCACAUGGAAAACAGCAACGUCAUAAAGUCACUCCAGGAAAAGAGUGAUUUCAUGAAUAACGGUUUCCAUGAGCCGUUCUUGGACACCAGUGACCCCACAGUUAUGGAAAUUGAGGAGGUGCCAGUGCACAAGGAGUACAAGAAUGUGGCCACCAGAAGGAAGCCCAGCAGAGAGGUCUCGGAGGACGGGGAGUGCCCAGGGAGCACGGCGCCUGCCAGCAUCAUGACCCCUGAGCAGAUCAGUGACUACAAACCUCAGGUGUCCGAUGGGAACCCACUGGGGUAUGUAGCUGCCAAUAUUUACCAAACACAGCCCCCUACACCCCUCCCAGAACCAGAGAUGAACAUCUUCUUCAGAGACUACACAAGUCCCAUUUCCCACCUGUGGGAUGGGGAGGAACGGGGGCACCACGUUUGUCUGCUGGAGAAGAUCAACCUCAUCUUAAACAACAGCCGGAGUGGGCAAAGCCAUGCAUUCGGCUCAUUCCAGGGGGGACACAGCUCCCUCCUGGAGAACCAGUGGGGACACACGCUGGCCAGCGAAGUUCAAGAGCAAACGCUGGUCCCCGAUGAGCUGGUCUCCUGCCUGAGAGCCAUGAACGGGGAGUCGGUGGAUAUAAAGACCUGCUUUCCGCAAAAUAUCGGAAGAUUAUUUUGA